UGGAGCUCGAGCACCGUCCGGUAAACUACGGGAACACCGAGGCACCUGCGCUCUCCGAUCAUGUCUCUGCUCUGGUCUGAUGCCCGACGCUCACCCGUCUGCAUCCACUGAGAGUAAUAAUGCUGUCGGGCAGCUGGCGCAGAGGAACCAUCAUCCCGUCUGCGGGCGCUUCGGGAUCCGGAUCCAGACUGGCCAGCACUGUGAUCCUGGAGGCUCAGUAUGAUUACUCGUACCGCGGCGCGGACGGACGCUUGGUCUCCAUCCACGAGGGCGAGCGGUUCCUGCUGCUGAAGAAGACUAAUGCGGACUGGUGGCAGGCGCGGAGGAUUGGCAUGGGCGCUAAGGUCAAACCCAUAUAUGUGCCAGCGACGUAUGUGAUCGAGCUGCCCGUCAGCAGCUUCCGCACAUCCCUGCCCAACAGCCAAUCAGCAUCCGAGCGCUUCCAGAUGAUCUCACGCGGAUCUCUCAUGCCCUGCAUGCAGACACACGGCUCAGUGCCAGACAAGCAGUUCUGUCGCUCCAUGGAGAAUCUGAACUGUAGCAGUGCCUUGAUGGAGAAACAAGCGUCUGGAGCCGCCGCCAGAGCUCAUUUCCCCAUGUUACCCUUCUCCGGCUCGGCCUCAGGUCAGCUCACGCUCCCGGGCGGAUUACUGAGUCCUGGAGCUCCCAUCGCCCGCAGCCAGAGCUCCAGCAAUCUGCCCCAGAACCCCUACCAGGAGUCCAGCCGCUCCACAGCCUGCAGCCCCAGCAGAUCAUACAGCCAGUGGGACAUGAACACAGCGGCGCCGCGCAGACACACACACGGACACAUGCAGCUCUCAUCAUCAGCCUACAUUUCCCAGAGUUCCCUGUCGGAGGUGGGGCGGCGUCAGUGGUCAGAGCCUCCAUCGCCGCUGCCCGGUCAGAAGCCCCUGCAGACGCUUCAGCAGUGGGAGCAGUACUGCGAUCCUGCAACCGGACGCUGCUACUACAUCAACACCGACACCAAAGAGCGCUCCUGGAAACCCCCGCGGCGAGCCCGACAGACCAACCACAGCCAACAGGUCAAUGCAGUGCAUGCUGGGACGGUUCAGCGGGACAUCAGACUCCUGUCACUGCCCUUGCAAACCACAGGAAGCAGCUCGAUGCACAGGCUGUCUCCUGACCUCUCCUACAUUUCCCAUGAUGCCAAUGGCUGGCAGCUGAGUCAGAGUAUGCAGCGUGCGGUCUCCUCUGAUGCACUAAGCUCCGCCUCCACCAUGUUUGAUGACACGCCCUGUAGAAACUCCGCCUUGUCAGGGGGUGUAUCUCACAUGAGCCACUCCUACUCCAUGAUGCUGCCGUCACAGAGAACACCUGCAAACGGAAAGUCGGACUACAGGCUGGUGGUGGAGCCGCCGUCAUCAGACAGCUCACCCGACAGUGAAGGAGUGACGCCGGAACUGGAGAAGGCCGGCCUGCUCAACAAAACCAAGAUAGCAGAAGGAGGCAGGAAACUGAGGAAAAACUGGAACCCAUCGUGGGUGGUUCUGGUGGGAAACAGUCUGGUGUUCUUCAAAGACCCGAAAAGCCAGAAUCCUGAGAGCUGGAAACCGGGGAACAGUCGUCCAGAGAGCAGCGUGGAUCUGAGAGGAGCUCAGCUUCAGUGGGCCAAUGAUCUGUCCAGCAAAAAAAACGUCUUUAAGUUGAGGACGAUUACAGGAAAUGAGUUCUUGCUGCAGUCGGAGACGGACUCCCUCAUUAGAGAAUGGUACAGAACCAUCCAGAGCGUCAUCGACAGACUGGAUAAAGAGAAUCCUCUGGAUAAUGUGCUGCUGUAUUCUCUGAGGAGAGCCGGGUCUGUCGAGUUGUUGGAUCACAGCGGAGACGAGGACGAGAUGCGAGGAGGAAUCAAGGCGUCACUUCCUCGAUCCACCUCAAACCUGGAGAACUCUGAACACAAGCGUGUGAAGAGCCGAUUGAAGAAGCUGAUCCUCAGACGACCGCCACUGCAGACGCUGCAGGAGAAAGGGCUCAUUAAAGAUCAGGUGUUCGGCUGCAGUUUGGAGCUGCUGUGUGAACGAGAGAAAUGCACCGUUCCCCAGUUCGUCAGAAAAUGCACUGAAGCCGUUGAGAGGAAAGGGCUGGAGACUGACGGGAUUUACAGAGUCAGUGGGAAUCUGGCCGUCAUUCAGAAACUGCGCUUUGCUGUCAAUCACGAGCGAGCGGUGACCACAGACGGACGUUAUCUGUUCCCUGAGGCUUUGGUUCAAGAGCGUCUGGAUCUGGACGACCCACAGUGGGAGGAUAUUCAUGUGAUCACCGGAGCACUGAAGUUGUUCUUUAGAGAGCUGCCCGAACCCCUCGUGCCCUUCAGCGCAUUCCACGACUUUGUAGACAGCAUCAAAAUAGCAGAUCAUCUGGAGAGAGUGGAGCGACUGAAGAUGCUGGUGCUCAGCCUUCCCCCAGCAAACCAGCACACACUCCAACACAUGAUACGACACCUGCGACGGGUGAUGGAGCGCUCUGACUGUAACCGUAUGAGCACACAGAACAUUGGCAUCGUGUUCGGACCGACGCUCAUGAGGCCGGAGAACGAGAGCGGAAACAUGGCCUUUAAUAUGGUGUACCAGAACCAGGCCAUCGAGACGCUGCUCAGCCAAUACCAGCACAUCUUCAGGAUAAACGAACACUGAUGCAAACACAAACAAGACUAAUCAGGAGAGAACAUCUAUUUUUACAUAAAGAAAGUGAGAUUUAAAGAGGCAGUUCACUCAGAAAUGAACAUUCUGUCAUCAUUUACUUGUUUUAAACCUUUAAGAGAUUCUUUCUCAUGUUGGAUACAAAAGAAGAUAUUUUGAAGAAUGCUGAA